UUACCUCAUCUCAUUUUCUCAAUUUUUUUCUAACAAAACUACAAAACCCUCUGAGCCUCAAGUAGCAGCGACUCUUCGUCGAUCGUCUCUCGUGCUUCACCAACCAACCAACCAACAAACUCAACCACCGCCUCCGAUCGUCUAGGGUUUCGUUCGGUCCCCGACAUGGAGCCGCCACGUGUAAUGGAGGUGCACCCGGCGAUGACCGAAGAAGACCCAACCUCAGCUCUGUGGGACUUCGGAGACCUCCUCGACUUCACCGUUGACGAUCAUUUCUCUAUGUCCCUAGAUCCCGAUCAACUUCCCUCGCCGCCGCCGAUUAUCGACCAGAGUCUCGAUUUUUCGCAGGAGGAUUCGCAGGUGGAUACGGGUCCUCCGGGCCCGAGUUCCGGGAAGAUCCGGAAACGGGAUCCGAGGCUGACGUGUACCAAUUACUUGGCGGGUCGGAUCCCUUGUGCGUGUCCGGAGAUGGACGAGAAGCUCGAGAUGGAAGGGAGCCUCCGGGGGAAGAAGCGGUCCAGGAUAGUUCGGGCCUCGACCCGAACCGCCCGGUGCCAAGUACCCGGGUGCGAGGCCGAUAUCAGUGAGCUCAAAGGUUAUCAUCGAAGGCAUAGGGUUUGUUUGCGCUGCGCUAAUGCGAGUGAGGUUUUUCUUGACGGUGAUACCAAGAGAUAUUGCCAGCAGUGUGGAAAGUUUCACAUCUUAUCGGAUUUUGAUGAGGGUAAACGGAGUUGUCGAAGAAAAUUGGAACGCCACAACAAUAGACGGCGGAGAAAGCCUGCCGAUUCUGGAAUUGCAGAUGAGAAGGAACCUCAAGGGUCCUUGCAGACUGAAGAUGGCCCUUGUGAUGAUGAAACAGGAAAAGAUAGUUUAUGCUUGAGCAGCCCCAUAACUGAAACGGAAGCAUUCUUGGAGUCUGAAGAUGGACAAGUUACUACCCUCUGCUCAGCUCUCGAUUCUCAGAAUAUCCAUGGUGAUGCAUCUUUUACAGCUUCUGGUGAAACCCAAAUGGAUGGAGGAAAAGAUAAUUCCAAAUGUUCUCUGUCUCAGUUGUAUGACAACAAGAAUGACUACUCAUCUAUGUGUCCAACAGGUCGAAUCUCAUUCAAGCUGUAUGAUUGGAACCCGGCAGAAUUCCCUAGAAGACUCCGGCACCAAAUAUUCCAAUGGUUGGCCAAUAUGCCCGUUGAGUUGGAGGGGUAUAUCCGCCCUGGAUGUACAAUAUUAACUGUGUUCAUUACAAUGCCAAAGUUUAUGUGGGCGAAGUUAUUUGAAGAUCCUGCAUCAUAUCUACUUGACUUUGUUGCCCCUGGAAGGAUGCUAUCUGGAAAAGGCACUAUCCUUGUUUUUAUGAAUGACAUGAUUUUCCGGGUAAUGAAAGGUGGAACUUCUGUGAUGAAACUUAAGGUGGAGGUGCAAGCCCCAAGGCUUCACUAUGUUCAUCCUAUAUGUUUUGAGGCUGGAAAGCCUAUGGAGUUCAUUGCUUGUGGAAGUAAUUUGAUACAGUCUAAGUUUCGGUUUCUUGUAUCUUUUGCUGGAAAGUAUCUUGCACAUGAUUAUAGUGUUGCAUCUAAGCAUGGUCAGACUGAUGGUGAUACUGCUUCUAGUUUUAACCAUCAGUUGUACAAGAUAUGUAUCCCUCGAACUGAACCAGAUCUUUGUGGUCCUGCAUUUGUUGAGGUUGAGAAUGAGUCUGGCUUAUCUAACUUUAUUCCAAUACUAAUUGGAGACAAAGAAAUUUGUGCCGAAAUGGAGAUAUUGCAGCAGAGAUUUGAUGCUUCUCCUUUUCUGAAUGAAUCAGAGUCUGCAGCUAUUGGUCCUAUGUCUGACUUGCGUGAGGUUUCUGCAUUGAGACAAUCGACAUUUUCUGAAUUUGUUUUAGAUGUAGCAUGGCUAAUUAAGGAGCCUGCAUCAGAAAAUUUUCAGCAGUUUAUCACUGCUUCACAGAUUCAAAGAUUUAAUAGUCUUUUGAGCUUUCUGAUGUGUAAUGACUCGACCACCAUUUUGGAGAAACUGUUACAGAAACUGAAGAUUGUGAUAAGCAACAUGGAAUUUAACAGUGUGGCUAAAGGCACUUUUGAUGCUGAUUUGAGUUUACUACAGAAAUACCUUGACAAUGCGAGAGCUAUUCUUUGCAAAAAACAUAAGAAAAGUGAAAGUUCAAUGCAAUCGGGAGCUGUGCCAAAAGGUGAUCAUUUUUCUGAAAGCCGCUUUCAAGAAAAUGUGCUCUUGGUUCCAAUCAACAGGAAGGAUAUGGAGAUAAUCACAAAUGAUAAGUUGGGGGUAGAGACAUGUUCAGCUUCUACUUGUAAAAGUGAGACUGUUCCCCUGUUGAAUAGAGAGGUUAUCAUGAAUGUUAACCCUGCAUGGCCAAGAAAGUCAUGUGGUCGCAUUUUUUCUGGGGCAAUCUUGGGCUCUCGUCCUGGUAUAUUUGUAAUUGGCUUUGCUGCUGUUUGUUUAGGGAUGUGUGCCGUUCUACUUCACCCUCACAAGGGAGCAGAUAUGGAGGUAAAAAGUCUGGCUGGAUCUCAGCCGCUCAUUAUAUUUGUGCAGAUGGACUAUCAACCAACCAUUUGAUAGGGAUGGCAGUUCUUAUUCCUUGCUGAUAAUUUAAAAAUCAGAUCCUUGACAAUGGGAAAUUCAGUUGUAUCAAGAUUUAAAAGCAAUAAUAAAUUCCAUGACAUAAGAUUAAACAAUUAAAAUUGUUGCCCCUUUGGACAAUUGUUUAGAUUUGGAUCACAAAUGGGGAUAGACGAAACUUGCAAUAUCGUUUUCACAAAUCAGACAUUGCUCGUUGUCCUUA